CAUGGCAUUAGUUCAAUGUGGUUUGUUGUGCGUUCGGUCAAGCGCUUGAAGAGGAACCACAGUGUUAAACUGUUUUAAAAGGACUACCAGAAACACAAAGAUACGCUUUGCUCGAAAUACGACAAGAUCAUUCGGAUGGUCCUCGACGGAUGGCCUGGCGUGCUGAGACCGAUCUCUGAUACAGCUGAUGCAACAUUGCGUUACAACGGUCUUGUGGGCGAAAUAUUACCGGUCUUGCUUACUACCAGUGUUGAGAUGUCACUAGCUGUAUCACCUCUGCGCAAACUGCUUUUUAUAAUCACUGCCCUCGACACUGUAAUCUUGACGUCUUCAACGAGGCAACAAAGCGACCUGGAGCCUGUCCUCCACCGUCAGCGACGAGAUCUCCUUUUCCCCGCAAUGGUAUUCCCAUCUGGGACAGUUUUCCAGAUCAAUUUCGCCGUCCAGACUCCAGUCUUAGUCCCUAACAAGACAUUAGCGAUAUCUCUAGGAAUUCAGUUUAAUUUUGUACUACCUACAAACGCAACAGAAUUUCGGCAAAAAAACGUAACACGACCAAAGCGUGACAUCGGGGAAGCCCUGUUGUCUAUGUACCUGCCAUUCGAAGCCCUACUGCAGGAGUAUGGCUUCGAUGGAAGGACGUGUUUGCUGAGAAGCAUUUGCGAGACCGCGCGUUCGCCGUUCAACCACGAAGACAAAGGCUUGCUGGAGGAAAUAGCACAUGCAGUACUUACGCCUUCUUCAGAACCAUCAAUUGCAGGUUUAUAUUGUGAUGGCAACUACAGCUCUCUAAAAUACCAAAGUGAAGAAGUUCCCUACUUGGCUGCAGAAUGUUUCGGGAUGUCCGGUGGUAACUGUCGCAUUCGUUAUGCUGAUUGUCCAGAGUCUCCUCUAGACUUCAUAUCCAGGAUUAUUAAUGACGAAACAAUUCUUUCUGAAGAACAGUGAAUUGUUUACUUAUUUGUAAUGUAUUAUAUUCUUAUGAAAGUAUUCCCUUCACAAACUAGACCUUUCUUCUCUGUAUGACGUCAAUCCCGAAAGUCAACUGAAGUUUAUAGUAAAGAAGAAAAUAAAUAAUGGAAAUAAA